AUGACCGACCUUCCCCCUCUAUCGACGAUCCCUUCCCUACCCCAAGAGGCCCAGCUUCGGGUGCUCGAUACCCUCUUCGAACCCUCCCCAGAGCUCCACCAACUGAUGAUCCCUGUGCUGGCCAACCAGACCUUCUCUUCAUACACCAAUCUCAUCGAUGCUGUAGGGGGUCGCAUGUCUGCACUUUCAGCCCCAAACUCACCUACCGACCGAGACGUGCUCUUUGGUAUUCUGGGAUCGCAUCCGCGUCUUGGCAGAGCCCCAGCCAACCCGGAGCAUCUGAGCGAGCUGAGCAAAAAGGAACAGGCCCAAUUGAAUGAAGGUGCAGAGGAACAGGCUGAGAAAUUACGAGCACUGAAUGCGGAAUACGAGGAGAAGUUUCCGGGGUUGCGGUUUGUUACAUUUGUCAAUGGGCGCAGUCGGGACGUGAUUAUGGUUGAAAUGCGCCAACGCAUUGACCGUGCCAAUGUGGAAAAAGAGAUUGAAGAGACCAUUCAGGGUAUGUGCGAUAUUGCAAAGGACCGAGCGAGAAAGCUUCAAUCGCGCAUUUAA